AUGACGAUCAAAUUCAGCCUGCUACUCUUGGCUUGUGCUUUUGUUUCCAGCUGUUUUGGAAACGAUCAAUUCGGAAAUGUUGCAGGGGCCAAUCUGAAGCACGUGUCCGCUGGAGCUGGUUACUUCUGGGGUGUCACUAGCACUGAUGACAUUUACCGCUGUGACAAUCCCUGUACAACUUGGACCCAAGUACCCGGAAGGCUAAUGCAGAUAGAUGUUGGAGAUAGCGAAGUGUGGGGAGUGGACGCUCUUUAUCGAAUCUUCAAGCGACCCGUGGACGGAAGUGGUACAUGGAAAAACGUCCCAGGACGUCUCAAGCACGUGACAGCAUCUGGCAAUGGCUACGUCUGGGGGGUGAACAGUGCGGAAUCGAUCUUCCGCUGUAAGAAACCAUGCAAUGGACAAUGGAAGGUAGUUGAUGGACAUCUUAAGCAAAUUGAUGGUGGCCACAAGUACGUUUACGGUGUCAACAGAUUUGGUAAUAUUUGGACAAGGCCAGUCGAUGGCAGCGGGAAAUGGAGACAAAUUCCUGGUGCCCUUACGCACAUCACUGCUUCGGGAAGUGAUGAUGUUUUUGGAGUAAACAAGGCCAAUAUGAUAUACCGCUGCCAAAAGCCAUGUAUUGGUCAAUGGGAGCGAAUGCAAGGAGCCCUGAAGCAGUGUGAUGCCACAUUCAAUGGGCUUCUUGGAGUGACUAAAGAUGGCACUGUUUGGCAUCAUCCAAUGACACCAGCUUGA